AGCUAUUUAUCGUUACGUACCGGAAGCAGGGAGGGUGACAUUUGUUGCAGGCGUGUGUUAGCGUUCGAGUUAUUUAUUUACCACCAUGUCAUUAUAGUUUUCGUAUUUCGCUUCUCGUUUUAAACCUCUGUAAAGUCGGAUAAAGAGCGUGAUGGCGGCAUCGGGCUGGAGGUUUGUUCUUCAGCGCGGAAGCCGCUUCAUUCUUUCAAGAACAACAGUAGAGAGCUCCUCCCAGUUGGUUGGCUGUAUCAGGACUGUAAAGAUCCCAACAUGGUUUGAGGAGCACCUCACAGAAGACAACCAGAAGUACAUGAGACACAGCAUGGCAGAGGAGUACAGAAGACAGACAGCUGAAAGGCUCUGUCCUCUCAAAGACGAGCCGUGGCCUCGGCACGAGUGGACAGAAGGAAGCAGAAGAGUCGGGUUAGUUGCCAUCAAGUUGGGGAUGGCUCCUAUCUGGACCAAAAGCGGAGAAAGACACGCAGUCACCAUGUUACAGGUGCAGGACUGCCAUGUCAUAAGGUGCAUGUCUAAAGAGGAGUAUGACGGCCAUUCAGCUGCUCUGGCUGUGGGUGGGAAAAACGUCUCACCGUUCUAUAGGUCGGAAAAGGCAAUGGAGCUGUUCAGGAAUGCAGGAGUGCCCCCAAAACAGAAAGUGACCAUCUUUAAGGUGUCUGACAACGCCAUCAUUAAACCAGGCACUCCUCUGUAUGCAGCACACUUCCGUCCAGGCCAGUAUGUGGACGUCACAGCCAAAUCCAUCGGGAAAGGCUUUCAAGGUGUAAUGAAGCGAUGGGGAUUCAAAGGUCAGCCAGCCAGCCACGGUCAAACAAAAACUCAUCGCAGACCAGGAGCUUCUGGACCAGGGGGGGAUCCAGCCAAAGUUUUCAAAGGGAAGAAGAUGCCUGGCAAAAUGGGGAACGUGUUUGUCACAGCUUAUGGACUGAAGAUAUGGAGGGUCAAUACCAAGUACAACGUGCUGUAUGUCCACGGCUCUGUCCCUGGACACACAAACUGUGUCCUGAAGGUCAGAGAUACAGUGCUGCCAACCAGAAGGUCCACCAUUCUCAACCCUCCUUUUCCUACCUACUUCACCGAGGAGGAGGGGGACCUGGACGAAGACCUGUACAAUGACGACUUGUUUGUUCACACAGAGCCAUCAGUGACUUUGAGCUGAAUACAAAGUCAGUCUUUCCUAAACCCUUCCUCUGUAUGUGAAGGCUUCAAUAAACUCCUCUCUCUUGAAA